AGUAUGAAGAAGUUGCAGUUGGUUAGUAGUACGAACACGAUCUACCGGGUGAGAGAAAUAUACGGCAUAUAUAACAGGUGAAACGUGGGUGAUUUUUUCGGUUUUUUUUUCAUUUAUCGAGUCAAAUAAGUGCGUUUUGUAUACCGUGGGUUUCAAUACUUACUUAGGAUUAAUAAUUUUUGUUUAAAGAUGGUCGGAAUACGUGUAGUGGACAAAAAUUUAAAUAGAGUUUUCUAUAAAUUGGGGUAUUUAGUUGGAAAACAUCCUGGUUAUUUUCUCAUCAUUCCAAUUUUUCUAACUCUACUCGGUAUGACUGGAUACCAAAGAUUACACAAUAAUAUCGAUCCUGAAUACCUUUUCAGUCCAUUAAACGGACCAGGAAAAUACGAACGAGCUGUUGUCGAAAGUUUUUUUAAAGUAAACUAUAGUAGUCGAUUCAGCGUGUCGAGAAUAACUAGAGCAGGUCGUUUUGGAAGAGUGAUUCUAACCUCAAAAGAUGGCGAAAAAAAUAUGCUACGAGUAGACGUUUGGAAGGAAUUGAGAUUAUUAGAUGGUUAUAUACAAAAUAUGACAAUUUCAUACGAAGACGAAUACUUUACAUAUCAAGAUAUAUGCGCUAAAUGGUUAACAGAUUGUUUCAAUAAUGAUAUUCUCAAUCUAGAUUAUAUAAUGGAGGAUGUUGAAAAAAAAGCGAUUAAUUUGACUUUUCCGCUAAUGUUUAAUCCUGUUACUUGGGACGCCCAUGCGUUUCCGGUUUUUUUCGGCGGUACGGAAGUUAGCGAAGACGGACUAAUAAUAAGUGUACCUUCUGUACAACUCGUUUAUUUCGGAAACGCAGACACAAAAAAAUUAGAUAAAAUUGGUGCAGUAUGGGAAGAUGAAUUUCUGAAUUUGAUUGAAAAAAUCCAAGAUAAAGAGAAUGUAUUUAAACAUAUCAGGAUAGCCAGAUUCGCAUCGAGAACUUUGGAUCACGAACUCGAAAAAAAUGCUAAAUCUGUGAUGCCUUAUUUCACUUCAACUUUUGCUAUUAUGGCCAUAUUUUCAGUCGUCACGUGUAUGAUGUGUGAUUGGGUGAGAUCUAAACCUUAUUUAGGACUUUUAGGGAACUUGAGUGCCGCUAUGGCAACACUGUGCGCAUUCGGAGUAUGUAUGUACGCCGGAGUCGAUUUCAUAGGCUUGAAUUUAGCGGCGCCUUUUUUAAUGAUUGGAAUUGGUAUAGACGAUACGUUCGUGAUGUUGGCGGCGUGGAGGCGAACUUCUAUCAAAUCACCUGUGCCGGUACGAAUGGCGGAAAUGUUGAGUGAAGCGGCCGUAUCCAUCACGAUCACAUCAGUUACAGAUUUCUUCAGUUUUUGGAUCGGUAUAUUCAGUCCUUUCCCUUCGGUUACAAUUUUUUGUAUUUAUUCAGGCGCCGCUACCGUGCUUCUUUUUAUUUGGCACUUGACGUUUUUCGCGGCGUGCGUCGCCAUUUCCGGAUACUGCGAGCAGAAAAAUUUGCAUUCCAUAUUUUGUUUUCGAGUGUUACCGAAAUCAAAAUCUCACAAAAAGAAUUUCCUGUAUCGUUGGUUCUGUAGCGGAGGAGUCGAUCCGGACGACAUCGACAACCCGGAAGAUAAUAAAGAACACGGCUUCAUGGUAUUCUUCAGAGAUUAUUUCGGAGCAAUGUUGAACAACGGAUGCGUAAAAUUUUUAAUAAUCGUUGUUUUCGCAGUGUACUUACUAGGAGCGUGUUACGGUAUAACUAAAAUUCAAGAAGGUCUCGAAAGAAGAAAAGUGGCUAAAAACGAUUCGUACGCUAUUGAAUUUUUCGAUAGAGAAGAUGAUUACUACAGGGAGUUUCCUUACAGGGUACAAGUUGUGAUUUCCGGUCAGUACGAUUAUUCCGAUCCUAAAAUACAAGGGCAAGUCGAAGAGUUGACGCAAACAUUCGAAAAUACUUCUUACGUGUCAAAUACUUUAUAUACGGAAUCGUGGUUGCGCAGUUUCCUUCAAUACAUCGAACGAAAUCAGGAUUAUCUCAAUUUAACGAUUAAUACGAAAAAAGGGUUUACAGAUGCUUUGAAAGAAUUGUGGUUAGCUCCCAGUAGUUCUUUCUCUCUAGACGUCAAAUUCGACGAAAGCGGCGACAAUAUAAUAGCGAUGAGAUUUCUAAUACAAGCCGUCAAUAUAUCCGGUACCGAACACGAAAAAGAAAUGGUCAGAGCGUUACGAAAAAUAUGCGACGAGAGUCCUUUGAACGCAACAGUUUUCAAUCCUUAUUUCGUCUAUUUCGAUCAGUUCGAGUUGGUGCGACCUCUAUCGAUCCAAAAUAUGAUACUGGGAGCUAUAAUAAUGAUGUUGGUGACUUUUAUUUUCAUUCCGAACGUCCUGUGCUCGUUUUGGGUGGCUUUUUCCAUUAUAUCUAUAGAAACUGGGGUCGUGGGUUAUAUGGCUCUUUGGGGCGUCAAUUUGGAUUCCAUAUCGAUGAUUAAUUUGAUAAUGUGUAUUGGUUUCAGCGUCGACUUCACCGCCCACAUCUGCUACGCUUACAUGUCUUCCAAAGGUCGAACGUCGGAAGACAAAGUUAAGGAUUCUCUGUACGCGUUGGGUCUGCCCAUAUUCCAAGGUUCCAUAAGUACCAUAUUGGGGAUGAUUGCCCUGUUAUUGGCGAAUAAUUAUAUUUUUUCCGUAUUUUUCAAAAUGGUGUUUUUGGUGGUGUUCUGCGGCGCCAUGCACGGUUUAUUUUUGCUACCUGUUUUGUUGUCCUUAUUUGGACCAGGUUCCUGUACAAAAUACAGACCGGAAGACGAUAUUAAAUUGUCCAAAAUAGAACAAUCUCUUCCGCAUCCGUAUUGCAUUCCCCAUCCGCAAUUUACCUUGAACGGAAACAAUUUGGGAAGCCCUUUAAAAGGAAAUACGCCGAUUUUGGAAAAAUACUCAAACAAAAAUUCAAAACUCUACCCGGACACGGAUAAAGAUCUCGGUUUAGGCACCUCCGAAGAAAAUUCCAGUGAAUCUUCGAUACAUUCGCAGAAAAAAUCGGACGACGCAGCUUUGGAACGUCGUUACAGAGACGCCUGGAGAAGGAACUCAGAAGCAGCCAUCUCGGGAUUCAGAAAUUCCCAAGUAUUGGACAUAUUCGGUACAGAUUCCGAAGCCGAAUAUUUCAGACGUAAAACUAAAGUCGCGGAAGCAACUAAUCGAACCCUAGUUGAUAAACUCACCAGAUAUGAGCCGAAUAGAAGAUAUUCACCUCCCCAAGAAAGAUAUCAACCUAGACCAAAUAAUGACCUAGUCAGAUCUAGUUCUUAUCAUAAUAUUAUCCAUCCUAGGUUUUUAAAAGAAUCAAAUACUAGAUUUGUUAGAGAAUCUAGGUUUUCAUAGGUUUAAAAUACCUAACUAGAUGUGUUUUAGUGAUUCCAAAACAUUCACUUAUUACAAAUAUUCGUAUACUGUUAUUGUAGUUCCAGUUAAUUCAUUGUUAUUUAUUCAAUAAAUGUACAUAUUUUUUAAUUAACAAUAGUUUAAAUUGUGUUUUUUCUUCACAAUUUACGUUAAAUUGAUAUUAUUACUCUAAAAACUUUAACUUUAAUAAUUUUGUUUCGUUUUUUAUCUAGUUGAAAUAAUCGUGAAAUAACUUUUUAGUACAAACAUUCCUGCACCUUGUUACUUUAUUUCAUAAAAACAUCUCCCAAAAAUUUGUUCUAAUAUCAUUAUUUCGUGUAUAUUACUUGACAUGAUCAAAUCAUAUAGAAAACUGAACAAACACUAUAAAUUUCUCUAUGUAAACAAAUUUCUUAUAAAGUACUUACCGAAAACAUAUAAAAUAUUAAUAAUUAAAGCGCAAAUGAACCAUAUAAUACUAAAUUAUAUUUAAUAUAAACAUAAAUUAACCAAUUUGAUAAGCAUCUAAGGUUAUACUAACGUUAAAUACAGAACUUUCCGGAAUCUGUCAUCAUAUAACAAUUAAAUCACCUAUCAACUGAUUACUGAUCUUAACCCAAAACGAACGUCACCAGUUAAAUUUUAAAUUUAUAACUCGUUAUAUUUUUGUCAUUUUUCAUAUUUCAUUUGAUUUUUUCAUAUUAAUGAAUCAUAAAUAGGCAUGUACGGGGUAUAAAUAACUUUAAUAAUUAAAAAUUAAAAAAAAACAAAAAAAA